UUGGUUUCUAGGUGAUGCUCACAAACAACCCGUUGCUAUGAAAAACACAGGGGUGCAAGUCGCUGCUGUCGUAUAAAAUGACAAAAUAAGAAAUAUUACUAUAUAGUAUACAUAUGGUACAUUAUAUUAGGCCAUAUUUACAAAGAAGGACUUAACUACAACUCUGUGUUUAAAAUAACCUUAAAACGCGGAAGUGAUGCCUCCUCCUGAAACAAUGUACUGCGCUCAGCAGAUCAACAUCCCUCCAGAGCUGCCUGAUAUUUUAAAGCAGUUCACAAAAGCUGCAAUCAAGACACAGCCACAUGAUGUGCUGCAAUGGGCAGCUGACUAUUUCUCAGCAUUAUCAAAAGGUCAGGACCUUCCAGUCAAGGAGAGGCUGGAAAUGCCAGUGGCAACUCAGAAAACAGACACAGGGCUUACAUCAGGCCUUCUAAAGAUCCUUCAUCAACAGUUCGCACCAAAAGAAACCAUUACAAAAGAGGAGCUUCUUCAGAAGUGGAAAGGCCUGUGCUUACCUACUGAACAGCUUGACACAAUCCUUGCUCUUGGCAGCUUCAGUGAAAAUAUCAUUUGGAUGCAGUUUUUUGCUUUAGGAUGCAGUGCUUUGGGUGGGACCAUCACAAGUGCUUUGAAACAUGCAUGUGAAAUACUAACAGAGGACCCCGAGAGUGGUGCAGCCCAGAUUCCUUUUGACACAUUUCAGAGUCUAUACACAUACUUGGCCCAUCUGGAUGGAGAAAUUCCUAAAGAACAGAUCGACAGCUUCUUGCAUAGUUUAGAGGAGUAUGCAGAAUGCCAAGGAGGAAUGGUGCAACCGUCAAAUUUUACAAGCCCCCAUAGUGCUGAGUAAAAUCCAGUACAAAUGGUCCUCAGGCGGUGAUAUCUCACAACACACUCGAAAACUAUUGAUCCUAGUUACUGUGUCUUGUGUUUGCCCUCUUUAUCCUGUAUAUUAUGAUGGGAUUUGAUUAUUUCACCCAAAUAAAUCUUUGAAUCUCAAA